CGAAGCUUAUAUUUGGAAAGAUAUUAAUUGUUUUUCAUGUGGAGGAUUAGAAAUACAAGGGCCUCAGUUUACUGUUAUACCAAAAAUGUUGGAACAGCAAAUUAUUUGUAAUGAUUACUACAACGUCAUUCCAAACAUAGAUAAGUCAGAUACACUUCUUAGUACCAGCUUACGAGUAAUCUUACAAGUAGUUUUGGAAAACAUUUUCUCCCCGAAAAUUCAAGAAAUUGAGAUUGUCAAAAGUAAUAACCUAUCAGACCUGAAUACAUUACAAAAUGCAAUGUACAAUACGCCUGAAGCGGCUUUCUUCAAAACAAAGAUCAUUUCUUAUGAGAAUACUAAGUUUAAUAAAAUUCUGACCAUUGUAGUGGAUGACGUGAGAAAUUAUGACCUACAAAAACUAUCACAUUGCAUAGAAAACAAUAGAUUCCUUUUGUUAAUCGUAAAUAGUAACCGAACAGAUUUAUUUAAAAAUUUUGUAGAGUCAAUUGGUUUAAAAAUUGUUUUAAUGAGAAAACAUGCUAACAAUGAUUUGUUAUUAUUCCGUAAAAGGCAAUCACUUGAUUUAAGUAAAAUCUUGUAUGAAUCUGGAGAUAUAACUCAAAUAGUUACUGAAAUCAAACAUCAGAAUAUAAGCGCAGAUAGUGCUCGUAUUAUAGUUAUAAUUGAAUCAAAAAAUAUGAAAUAUGUUACUUCAUGCAUUCAUUAUAUAACGAAAGAAAUUAACGUCGAAAAGAUAAGAAUUUUUAUUUCUCAGAACCUUAAUAAAUUGAAAAAAUCAGAGCUUGAAAAUCUUUGUAAACGUCAAUUGGAGACAGAUUUGUUUAUAAAUGUUUUAACAAAGAAUAAUGUGUGGGCAACUUUGCGACGUACAAAGAUAAGUGUUGACUCUAAAUCAAGUGACCAUUGGAUUGCUCAUCAAGAAUCUUCUAAUGAUCCUCAUAACUUCACUUGGACAGAAAGUCUAAAUAGAAAAAAAACACGUAACUUAAUUCAAGUUAAGUUUUCAGCACUAAAUAAGCAAGAUAUAUUGAUAGCAGAAGGAUUGUUCUUUUCAGAUAUCUCUGAAAAAGUAGCAAAAAAAAAAAUAGUACCAAAAACUAUUGGACUAGAGUUUUCUGGAACUGAUUUCGAGGAAAACCGCAUUAUGGGAAUAUCAAAUGGAAACUCGAUGUCAAACUUCAUCAACAUAGAUUCUGAUUGGACUUGGCAGGUACCGGAAUUCUGGAGCUUAGAAGAUGCAGCAACAGUUCCUCUUGCAUACAUUAUAGCAUACACAGUACUUUAUAUAAAAACACAGGUAAAAGCUAAGGAAAAAAUUUUAAUAAUAAACUCUUGUGAUGGACCAGGAUUAGCUAUUUUAAAUUUAGCCCUGCACAAGAGUUGUGAUGUUUUUGUAACGUACCAAACAAAAAAAGAAAAAGAGGUCUUAACGGCAAUAGCACCCCAUUUGCUUAACAACCGAUUGUUCAACUUAUCUGAAAAUAGCAUACCAGAUAAUAUCUUUUUGGCUACGAUGGGUGAGGGUGUGGAUGUUAUUAUUUGCAAUGAUUGUAAAAUAAGAACAAUGGUAGAGCUUUUUUCAGUAAUAAAGCGAAAAGCUCGAGUUGUAAUAAUAAACGAUUUGAGUGACAAUGUUAUUUUUGAAAACAUUGGAAUGGAAGUAUUUUUGAAAGAGAUAAAAUUGUGUUCAGUUAUUCCGAGAAAAGUAGCUUCGUAUGGCCUUGAGGUAAGAAAAUUACUGAAAAAAUUGUUACACGAUGGAAUUAAACAAGGUUGCGUCAAACCUUUGCCACGAACCGUAUACAACAGAGAAUUUUUAAAAGAAGCAUUUACUGCCUGUGCAAAAAAUAACAACGUCAAAAAGAUUUUAGUGAAAGUACAAUCUGAUGAGCAAAUUAAAGAUGUACCUGUAAUUAAGCCUCGAUUUCAUGGCUUGCAAUCAAAAACGUACCUGGUAAUUGAAGGUUUAACAAAAUUUGGUUUAGAAUUCGUUGACUGGCUAGUGACACGUGGAGCUAGGCAUUUUAUCAUAACUUCGUCUGAAGAAAAUAAUAGUGGAUAUCAACAUCUUCGCAUGAAAGUUUGGAAGAGUUAUGGAGUAGAGAUUACUUUGCAUGAAAAAUUUAUUCCAACAAAAGAGAGUAUAUGUUUGGUAUUUAAAGAAGCCUGUAGUAUAGGGUCCAUAGACGCUAUUUUUGAUUUACAGCGCUGUAUACAAUUGAACAAAGCUGAAAUAAGUCCUUUUACAGAUCUAAGCACAAAAUAUCUUGAUGAGAUGUCUCGAUCAUUUUGUCAUAGUCUGAGACUGUUUGUGAUCUGUUCUAUAACAGAAAAUAAAGGAAAUUUAGCUCUUAUAAAAAAUUGGGUACCUCUUGACAUUGGAGGUUUAGAAAAUAAGUUUAUAGAAAAAUUAUUAGAGCAGAGGAAGAGAGAUAGCUUACCUGGAUUAUUCAUUUGUUGGGGUCUUGUUGAUUCUACAAAAAAGUACAUAAAAAAUCCUAGUUCGACUCCUAUUCUUCCACCAGUAACAAAAUAUUUGCAGAAUAUUGAUGAUUUUUUAUAUGCUAUGGAGUCACAAGUUCAAGUUUUAUGUACAGUUCCCCACACAAAGGAGGUUUGUAAGUACGUCGAUGAUGCAGUAUCAUUUGACGCCACACGGAAGAGUGCUGAAGAAUUUACUACAAGUCUAUAUGAACAACACGGAGCUUGCGUUGAUAGCCUUACGAUGUAUGUCUAGGAAUGUUAUCUUCUCAAAAUAGUCUUUCUAAACAUACUUCAUGUUUUCACCCAGACAUAUACAUAUGCGUCGUCAGCUCAUGCAAAUAUGAGCCAUCUCGUACCAGUAAAAUGUUAAAUCAUAAAAUGAUUAUAAUAUGCAAGACUUAUUUAAUUUAUUUGGUGUUACAAUGCAUAAAAAAUUUUUAAUGUAACAAACUUUAGUGUACAUUUUUCGUUUAUCAAAUAAAAAAAGGAACAAGUCUUCACGUAA